AUGGCGCCAAUCACCACUGCCUCCAACGAGGAGACGCACGCCGCCCUCCUUGACACCCUCGACAUGUACAAGAUCCACAAGCCCUUCCGCAACCCGAACUGGAAGCCACCGCAACGUCGCAACAAGAAUCUCAAGCAGAUUCUCGCCGAAGCACAGCGCGCACAAAACAGCUUGAUGAACACUCAGCAAAAUUCGGGAGCGAGCACACCACAGCCAGCCACCGACGGCACGAAUACACCUUCCCUCAACCCGAACCCUGAGAAGGCCAGUCAAGAUCUGGGCAGGCUGGUGUUGGAGAAGAAUGCCAAACAAAACAAUGGUCUGGCACCUACGCCUGUUCCAGCUGGCUUUGCGCCAAGUGUCACGUACACAAGCAUCGCUGCUGCUCCCAGCUUGAAGCCAAAGAAGAAGUAUUGCGACAUAACUGGAUUGCCAGCCAAAUACAAAGACCCGAAGUCCGGCCUCUACUACUACAAUGCUGAGAUAUAUGCUGUGGUGAAAAGUCUCAAUACCACACAAGUGCAGGAGUAUCUCGCUGCCAGAGGUGCAAAUACCGUGCUCAAGUGA